AUAGCUCAGGGUUAGUUAAAGUACCUAAUUGUUAGCAAUACCUGGAGCCACAAAAAAGGAAAAAGAAAUCAGAUAUUUUGUGUCAUUACAAUCACUUAAAAAACUAAUUUAAUACUAAUUAAUAAGAAAAUAUAAAGGAAUUACAUUACAAGUAACUAAGUCUGAAAGUAAAAAAUCAAAUGGUCACACACAACAGAGACAAAGACAAUGGUAAAUGUGAGUAAACAUUACUUUUCCUGACUGCAGGAAAUUGCUAAGAUUUCCUAAAAAUAAAUAUGUUGUGCAAAUGAUCACUGUCAAUUUAUCUUACUCAGACAUUGGAGGGUAAAGACAUUGGUCAAGUCAGAGUUGAGAGAAAAAUCUGUCAUAAUUUGUCCCAGAGCUGGAUUUACUGGAAGUAAGUUCUAAUUGUGCAACUAAUUUGAGAAAUUAAAAUAACAAUUAAAUAGGUUUCUAACAUCAAAUCUGUGUAAUGUGAGCAGUUUUCCUUCAAAUGUUAUUAAGCAAAAAGAGUACGUAACUGGUAACACCUGCUUGUUUCCAUGAAGGUGGCGGCAGUGGGGCUGCUCUUAUCAGCAACACAACAUCCAGACUAGUUGUGUAAUGGGUUCAUUUGACAAUGACGUUUUUUCUUUUCUUAUCCAGUCAUAAGAAUGUUUCAUAAAAGUAAAUCAGGCUGGGUUUUACACAUGUUUGAAGUGACUAACACCUCAAUAAAAACAGUAUCAUAACAUGAAUUAAACUGAAGGCCUUUGGGCCGGAUCUGGUCAAUCAUGUCAUUUUGAAUUGACCAGAGCUUCACACUUGUAUUAUUGUCUUAAGGUCUGUCCUAAUGUGUAUUGGAUACAAAUAUUUCAUUUCUGGUUAAAUCAUUGUCAGCACUAGACUUUUAUAUAAAUGGUAAACCUGUUUUGCUCAAAACAGUCCAAAAAUAAACUUAACUUAGACCUCCUUUUUUGACUCUGAUAUUCUGAUACUCUGAGGCAUAAAUAUUGAUAUUUAUGCCUCCUUUGUGUGGGGUAAAUGAUAAAUGCAGUGAAAGAUUCAUGUUCCUGUUUAGGAUGGACUAUUGACCCGCUGCUGUGAGGAGUGGUUCUACGUGUGUGUCUGUGUGUGUGUUUACUCAUUAGAGACAACCUUCAGACUCAUAAAAGAACAUAAAACACAAAGGAUCUGCUACAACUCUUCCAGCAGCUGGAGGCUGAAGAACAAUGCAAGACAGAUGCAACGUUAAUUCGCCAUGUUUUGAAAUGUGCUGACUUAUAAGAAACAGCUCGUGGGAGAUGGCAACCAGUGAGACGUCAGAAGCUGACAGCUGGUGUAAUUCACAUUUAAAAAUCAUCCUUCUGGGUGGAAGAAACUCUGGAAAGAGCUCUGUGGGAAAUCUACUUCUUGGUAAAGAUGAGUUUCUCACCAAAGAAAGGACCAUCUGCUCCCGGAGGGUGGGCAUGGUGGCAGGACAGUGGCUGACCGUGGUGGACACCCCUGGCUGGUGGUGCGACUUCAGCACUCAGGACACAUGUGAGCUGGUGAAGAGAGAGCUUGUAAACAGCGUCUCACUUUGCUCACCGGGGCCACACGUAUUCCUUAUCAUCGUCAAGCUGAGCUCGGCCUUCUCAGAGAGGCGUCGGCGGGCCGUGGAGGAGCAUGUGGCUCUGCUGGGUGACGGCGUGUGGAGUCACAGCAUACUGGUCCUCACUGGUACUGACAGGUUCAAACACUCUGAAGAGGAGCAGGUGCUAAUAGCAGGAAAGGCUCUUCACUGGCUCAGAGAGAGGUGCAACCACAGGACUCACAGGUUCAACCUGAGUGUUGGCACUGAUGUUAGCAAACUGCUGGAGAAAAUACAGAGAAUUGUCAGAGAAAACGGACACGGAGUGUUUGAAGUGCAAGGGAACAUUUUACAGGAAGCUGCAGAGGAGACGAGAAGAGUGGAAGAGAGAGCCCAGCAGAGGUUGAUGAGAGUUAGAAGACACAGAUGUUUGAUGCAAGAAAGGGUGAGAGCUGUUUCUGACAUCAGGCUCAUGCUGUUGGGAGCAAAGGGUUCUGGAAAGACUUCAGUGAUGAACACAAUCCUAAGCAGAGAGACCCAACCAACCAAGAAAACGAUUCAGUGUGUCACUGGAAAGGCAAUGGUGUUUGGGCGAGACGUGACUGUAGUAGACACACCAGGUUGGUGGAUGAACUACUUCUGUGAGGAGAGCUCCAUCUUUGACCAGAGGGAGAUGGUGCUCAGUUUGUCUCUCUGUCCUCCUGGGCCUCACGUCUUCCUACUUGUGAUCCGUGCGGACAGAGCCUUCACUGAGACCUACAGGAGAGCAGCCCAGGAUCACCUGGAGCUGAUCAGUGAACACAUCUGGAGCCGCGUCAUCCUGGUGUUCAGCGUUGGCGACUGGCUGGAGGGCACAUCACUCGAACAGUACAUCGAGAGCGAGGGGGAACCCCUGCAGUGGCUCGUGGAAAGAUGUGGCAACAGGUACCACGUUCUGAACUGCAGAGCUAGAGGAGACGGAUUUCAAGUCAGAGAGCUGAUCAGGAAGAUUGAAUUACUGUUCACUGGAGGCAGCGGUUACCAGUAUUAUGAAAUCGAGAGGAGCGUCGUAGAACAGCUGGAUAUGAAGAUGAGAGAGGAGAGUGAAGGAGCCAAGGAGAGAUUAAGGAUGAAGGAAAAACAAAGACAGAUGGCAAAGUCUCAGCUGGAGAAACUCGGCCCUCUCCAAGAAUUAAGGCUGGUGCUCAUUGGUGGCAGAAAAACUGGCAAAAGCUCAUGUGGAAACACCAUCCUGGGCAGAGAGUGCUUUAACACAGAUACACACACCGCCUCCUGUGCUGUAAUACAACACAAAAUUAAAGACAAAGUGGUCACAGUUGUGGACACACCAGGGGGCUCCUCUGUGUCCCCUAACCUCGUCACGGAGCCACCGACAUGUGCUGUUCUUCUAGUUGUUAAUUUGAGCUCCUCUUUCAAAAAUACCCAAAAAGAGGAGUUGGAGGAACAGCUAGAGGAGGGAGGAGGCCACCUGUGGCACAAAGCUGUCGUCCUGUUCAGCUACGGAGACUGGCUGGGAGACACCAGCAUCGAGCAGCGCAUUGAGAGUGAGGGAGAACCGCUGCAGAGGCUGGUGGAGAAGUGUGGGAACAGAUACCAGGUUCUCGAUAACAGAAACACAGAAAAUGGAGAUCAGGUGGACGAUCUGAUCCAGCUGAUCGAGGAGAUGACGACAGAUGAAAGGGUCGAAGCUCUUCACAGAACUGAUCACAUGUGGAGCAGUGUUCCAGCAACACAUGAGCAGGAAGAAGACGCCGUGACACAGUUCAAACAGGAUUUCAACACAUCAUGUGAUUUGCCUGAUUUGGACUUUUCAACACAAGCCAUUCAAAAGUGCUUAGAUGCAACAGGUGCAGCAUGUCAGUUAGUACCAUUACCUGCCAGCAGGAUGAGAGCACAGAACGGAGUCACCGUCCUGGACAGAGACACGUUCAUGUCCAUCAUGGCCUCUGUGCUCUUUGAAAAAAAGAGUCUGAGGUCUGCAGCUACAGGACAUGAGAGAACCACAGUGAAUUUGCCCGUGUACGUCCCCGCUGAGCUCUUUAACAACAACCUCAGGUUGAAUGGUGAAGGUCAAGUGAGUCUGUAUUCGGCCUCACAUCAACCACCGCUUGUUGUUCUACCACAGUCACAAAACAUAGUGGUAGUAGAUGAAAGUGCCGCUAACGUUCGCCAACUUUGCCACCCCGUCCUGAUAGAGCGGACCCUCAGGAGGCUGACGGAGUCUGGGGGGCUGCAGCAGCUCAUUGAGCAGUGGGGUGACAGCAGCUUGGAGGAACUGGAGGCCUUCAUAGAUGCUUACUUUGAAAUGGUGUGGGAACAAACCAUGGGUUCUUGUCAGCUGACUGAGCCUAAGUCUCCCACCACGGAGCAGGACACUGAGGUCACGGAGGCCGGCCAGGAUGUGGAAGUGCUCUCAUCCAUAGACAGGAAACUCUCAAAGCUAGAGCUGCUUGAGGAAAUUCGGAACGAUCUGUUUAAGAUGAAGGAGAGUCUGGAGCAGAGCUGCAAGGCCAUCCAGGAACUCACUCACAAGAGUUAACAAGAAUCUGACAGUUUCUGUUUAUAUGAAG